AUGAAAGUGUUAAAACAGAAACGUAUCGACUCAACAAACGUUACCAAAAAUCCAUUGUUGUUGGAAAUUCAAGGAGAUUACCCAGGCAAAUACGGUGGUCCUGUAAAUAUUAAUGUUGCUUCUAUGACAGAGGAACAGAAAAAACAAUAUUAUUUGGGUUGGCAGAAUAAUCGAUUCAACCAAUUUGUAAGUGAUCUGAUUCCUUUGAACAGAAAACUUGAUGAUGUACGUGAACCAGAAUGUCGUAAUGUGGUUUAUAGAGAAAUUUUGCCAAGAAGCAGCGUGAUUAUUUGCUUUCACAACGAAGCUUGGUCGACAUUGUUACGGACUGUUCACAGCGUCCUUCGAAACACACCAAGCAAAUAUUUGGAAGAAAUUAUCUUGGUAGACGAUUUCUCAUCAUUUCCUCAUUUAAAAGAACCACUCGAAAAUUAUGUGAAAAAGCUCCCCAACGUGCGUAUAAUCCGAAGUCAGAAGCGAGAAGGUUUAAUCCGUGCUCGUUUACUUGGACACAGAGAAGCUAAAGGCGAAGUCCUCACAUACCUUGAUUCUCACUGCGAAUGUACAGAAGACUGGCUUCGGCCCAUGCUUCAACGUAUUGCCGAAAAUCCAAUGGCUGUCGUAACACCGGUCAUUGACCGCGUUGACGAAACAACGUUCAAAUACUGGACAUUCUCUGGUCCAGCGAUUAAUAUUGGUGUCUUUCAGUGGGAUCUCACGUUUAAUUGGGGACCUGUGCACAGGGAAAGGCGUAAAGCAAUUGAAUCACCGGUCGAUCCGAUCAAGAGUCCGACAAUGGCAGGUGGAUUAUUUUCUAUUCGCAAAGACACAUUCUCUAAACUUGGCACAUACGACCCGGGAUUUGAGACGUGGGGAAGUGAAAACUUGGAAAUUUCAUUUAAGAUCUGGAUGUGUGGCGGAACUUUAGAGAUCAUGCCUUGUUCUCAUGUUGGUCACGUAUUCCGUGGAAGUAGCCCGUAUAGCUGGCCGAAAGGGAUGUCUGAACUUAGAACGAACGGCAUCCGGUUGGCGGAAGUGUGGUUGGACGAGUACAAAGAGGAAUAUUACAAACGCCUCGGUUAUGUAUUGGGCGAUUAUGGUGAUGUUUCCGAACGAAAGAAACUUAAGAAAGAUCUGAACUGUCACAGUUUUGACUGGUAUCUUCAUAAUAUUUAUCCGGAAGCUCUAUGGGUGAAGAACGUUGUCAUUGUGGGUCCGUUAAUGAACAAGCUGAGCGGGACUUGUUUUUACAUACAACCCGAUGACACACUUGCAAUGGCAUCAUGUAGUAUGCGGGAACCCCUAUUGUAUUACGCCUUAACAAAAACUGGAGAAAUUCGAAUUGAUAUGAGGUGUUUGGCUGCCUAUGACAAAAUUAUUGUCAUUACCUGCAGCGGAAAUAGGGGCAUUGAGGAAUGGACAGUGCACCAGACGGGGCACAUAUUACACUUGAGCUCCAACCGUUGUUUGGAUUUGAAUCAAGAUGGUAAAGUUAUAUUGAACAAAUGUAUCAACACACCGAGCCAAAUGUGGAGUUUUCUAAGAUUAGAAAAACCCCAAAAGAAGUGA